AUGGCUUUAGAAGAAUCACAAGAACAAAACCAGCUUCACUUUCUUAUUAUUCCCAUGGGAUCUCCAGGCCACUAUAUCCCGACCAUUGACAUGGCCAAGUUACUUGCUCAACACGGUGUUCGAGUCACCAUAGUCACCACCCCAGUCAAUGCCCUCAGAUUCGGGUCAAUCCUUGAUCAAGCAAUAGAAUCAGGUCUUCCCAUCUGUUUUCUUGAAUUUUCAUUUCCAUAUAAGGAGUUUGGCAUACCCGAAGGCUGUGAAAGCAUAGACGAUCUUCCUAGUCUGGGACUGGCAUCUGCUCUAAUGCAAGCCUAUAGAUCAUUACAAACGCAAAUUGAACAAUAUAUCGAAAAGCUUGAUCCUAGGCCGAACUGCAUGUUAGCCGACACGUUUCUCCUGUGGCCAGGUGAUACCGCGAAAAAGUUUCAGAUUCCAAUAGUUAUAUUUGAUGGAAUGAAUUGCUUCACACUGAUGUGUAAUCAUGUUUUACACCUCUCAAAGGUAUAUGAAAGUGUGGGUGACUCAGAGUUGUUUGUUUUGCCUGGUCUGCCUGAUCGUAUAGAACUAACAAGAUCCCAACUUCCUUUCACAUUUAGUUCAACUAUUAAAGGUAUGAGCGAUUAUAAUGAAAAGCUUCGGGUAUCCGAAUCCGAAGCGUUUGGAGUAGUUGUCAAUAGUUUUGAGGAGUUGGAGCAAGGAUAUGUUGAUAAAUAUCAGCAAGAGAAAGGAGAUAAUGUUUGGUGCAUAGGGCCAUUAUCGCUAUGCCACAAGGAUGAAUCAGAGAAGGUCCAGAGAGGUAACAAGUCAUCAGUUAACAAAAAUGACUGUCUCAAGUGGUUAGAUUCUCAAGAAAAGGGUUCGGUGAUGUAUGCGUGUCUAGGAAGCGUUAGUCGGAUUGAGCCUGCGCAACUCAUAGAGCUUGCUUUGGCUCUAGAAUCAUCGAAAAGACCAUUCAUUUGGGUAGUUCGAGCAGGUCAUAAGACUGAGAAGAUAGAAAAAUGGAUAGAUGAAGAGGGGUUUGAAGAGAGAACCAAAGAUAGAGCUCUAUUGAUCCAUGGGUGGGCUCCACAACUGCUAGUGUUGUCGCACCCUGCGAUUGGAGGGUUUUUGACACAUUGUGGUUGGAAUUCGACUUUAGAAGGGGUAUGCGCUGGUGUCCCUAUGGUAACAUGGCCUCAGUUUCAAGAGCAGUUCUACAAUGAGAAGUUGGUUGUACAAGUGUUGAGAACUGGAGUUAGUGUUGGUGCCCAAAAAACAUCAGGGCUUUUGGUUGAUGAAGAUAAGCCUGGAGAGUUAGUAAAGAGUGAGGCGUUUUUAAAGGCUCUAGAGAUUGUAAUGGAAGAAGGGAAAGAAGGAGAAGAGAGAAGAAAGAGAGCUAAAGAACUCAGUAAGAUCGCGAAUACAUCAAUAGAAGUGGGAGGAUCUUCCCAUCGAAACAUGACUCGACUUAUCGAAGAUAUCAAGAAACUAAGCAAGAAGUAGGAAAUUAAGCUAGGAAGAUUAAUAAUGUCCAAUCCCUAGAUUUGAGCUUAUUAUUUCUACGAUCUAUGUUGUCAACUUAUCAAUGUCAUUAUGUUAAGCUACUUCUGGUUUCUUUC